ACGGAAAUGAAUAUUCAUCUAAGUUGAUGUUUGUUUUAUACUUAUUAUUCAUGAGUUUGUCAAUUUUUACGCUCAUGUACUUUGUAAAUGGUUGUGGGCGGUGCAUGCAGACGAGAUCAACUCUUUCGAUUGUUGCUCCCAGCAUGUUGAAGCAAGAUCCUGUCAUGCAAAGCUCAGACAUUUCUCAGAGGCCAUAGCUGAAAUAACCAACCAUGAGCUGCUUGUGCUGCUGUUUCAGGCCUCCAAAUGAGGAGGAACCGAAUUCACUCGUGAAGAAGAACGAUUCCCCAGCAGCAAGUCCCAGGAAAUCUUAUGGUGCUAUUACUAUUCAAGAAGAGACGCCUGCUACAAAACCAGCCUCGCCUCCCGGAAAAUCACCUUCUGAACUUUUGUACACUAAACCACCACAGUCAGCCCGUGUGAAAUCGCCAGAGACCAUAAAAGAUGGAGAGACAUCAAGCUCCAAGACGUCUCCGGAUAAGAGGACAUUGGCAGAGAUUGCAGAAACAGCCCAAAGAGUCACUAGUGCCUUCCCAGCUCAAAAGAAAACUAGAACUUCCACUCCAAGCCCGACAGUGGACAAUCACAAACAUGUGACAGCAGAGGACUAUGAGGAACGAGGAGUGGACGUUCCGUUGAUUCCACCUGGAGGUGAGACGUCUGCUUAUGGUAGUAAUGAAUCAAUGGAAUCUGACACAUGUCACUCAUUAGGCGAGGAGGAAAGUGAGGAUGCAAGGAUACUACGGAUGAUGCCCAGUGUAUCAGCAGCCCCAUCAUCCACUGGGUCUGGAGGAGGAUCGCAGACUCACCUGGUGCCAUCAUCCCCAGGAUCAUCAACUCAAGAUCUCUCAACCGGAAAGAAAAAAACCAAGGCAAAGGACUUCAUGAAAAAAGCAGGAAAGAAUAUGAAGAAGGCCAAGAAGAAAGUUGGUAAAGGGAUGGAGAAGAUGAUCCAUAGUAAGAAGAAGGAAGAGGAGACAAAAGGCCAUGGUGAUACCAAAGAAAGAGCUGAUUCAUCAAGUCCCAAUGAGACUUCAUCUCCCAGUGGCCAGUUCAAAAGGGUCAGCUCAGAGCGCAUGAAGUCAAAAUAUGCACGAGAUAAACUUGCUGCUCUAGAGAAGAAGAAGGAGGAGGAAGCAAGCCAUAAGUCUUCACAAGGAUUUCCAGACCCAAGACAGGCUGCCCUGGAGCGAGGUGAGAAGCUGGGUGAACUGGAGGAUAAGACAGAGCAGAUGCGGGACCAGGCAGCCAGCUUUGCUCACAACGUGGCCUUGUUGAAGAAUCGUAACGCCUCAUCGAGUUGAUGAUAGAAACACCUCAUCUUCAUGGAAACCUCUUCUUCUCUCUUCCCUUCUCUCUCUCUCAGAUGAGACGAUGCGUAAACGAGGAUGGAGAAAGCAUUAUCAUUAUUUUAUGAGUUUAGAGAAAGAUGAAGCGUGAUAUAUACCAUAUAUUACAGCAAAAGGUACCUAAUUAUAAGUUGAUAAUUAGAAGUGAUGCUAUUAUUCUGUUGUAUUGGAUGGCUAGAAGGAAAUGAACUCUGAGUUAAGACUUAUUUUACGAGAUAUUUUAUGGUCUUGGGGACAGACUCUAUAUACAGACCUGAUUUCCCCUCAAGUUUAUACAUUAAUACUGCUUUCAAACUGGCUUUUAUCGGAGUCACACCAAUGAAAAUACAGAUUGAAUUUUCCUUAUAUAAACAAAGGUGAAACCGCCAUUUUUUCCUGCUGUCACUUCCAUACUGCCAGUGAAAUUCACUCGCUGUGGCGAGCCCUUGCCGGAAGUGAAGAAUUAUAACGUAAUUAUUGAGCCCGCGCCCCAUCUAGCUGGCAUGCAGCAUGUUCAACCAUAAGUCAACAAACACAGCUGGUUACGAUAAAGCGCGCGUAUACUGCGACCUUUGACCAUUUUAAUCGCUGUUUUCUCCCGAACGCAUUCACGGUAGCUGUUUCAUCAGUGUCACACCGAUAGAAUGAGAAUUUAAUCGCCUAUUUCUCUUCUUUUCAUCGGCUAUUUAAUCAGCUUUUUCUCCUCUGUAGCAUUAAUAGUGGCCAUUUCAUCGGAUGCGUUCGGAUGCAUCCAAUGAAAAUCAGGCCAGUUUGAAAGGGGUAUUAGAGAGAAAAAAAUGAUGAUUCUAGAUGGAACUUCAGGAUUUUUUUGAAGAAAAUACAAAUGACAUUGAGAUAAUGUCAACUUAGAUAAAAGAAUGUCAAAGUUAUUUAUUAUUCUUAUUUGUGUUGAACACAGUAUUGGAGAUUACACACAGUUAUAUAGAAGAAUUUUCUGAAGACUGAGAUUCAAUAUCCGUUUAAGAGGAAAUGACUGUGAAACAUGAUUCAUGAAAAAAUGCCCUGUUCUAAAAAUCACUGGUAGUAUGGUGUUGAGUCAUAGAUAGAUAUACAAACCGCCCACCUGCAAAUCUGAAAUGCUUGUUUCCUAUUCAUAAUUGCAAACAUCAGACUGUAAAAGGGGGUUUAUGUAAUGUUUACCUCCAAGUAUUACAACUCAAUGAUUUCACCCUACACCAGUUCAUAGCAAUAUUAUUUGUUUUAUACUUUAUGUGAACUGAUAAUGGGGAAAAUGGAGAAUAGCUGAGAGCAAGAUAUAUGUAUUAUUAUCACUAUUAUCAUUUCCAUUUAUUAUGAAUUUCUUCCAAUGCUAUGGGUAAUGUAACUGGGAAAGCACAUGAUUUUCCUUCUCCACAUGGUCACAUUGAAAGGUUUAAUAGUCGGGAAACUUUGAGAUUUGCUUAAAACUAGGUGUUUUACAUGGUGAUCAUCUGGGCAGCAGUGUGCCAAUGUGACUUGCCAAUAUGCAAGGGACUAUUGGCAUGACCAACUGUCAUUUAUAAUAUGGUAAUACCUUAAAGUAGACAGCCAUAUCAAAUUACAAGUAUGGCCAAUUGAUUAUCACUAGAAACCAGGAAGCUUGCGGAUGACAAAAGUAUAAGUUUUAGGUCAACCGCAUAUUGAACAAUCCCCAGAUUAACACAAAUAAAAGCACCUCUCUUAGAUUUGUGCACAUCAGGGAACAAUCCUGCCUUAGCAGCCAACAUCCUUUAACUAAUGAACAUAUUUUCAGUGCAAUUAUUUCUUGAUAAUAAGAGUUUGAUAGAUUUUAAACAUGAACAAAUUUCACACCAUUUUAAAAGGGAAGUGAUGCUGAUGAUUAUAAUUAUAAUCCUUUGCUUAAAAACAUUCAUUGUUGACACAACUCAAUAUUAUUGUGAAAUUGCUAUAACCAACUAGUGACAUCUUCAUAAGUAGUCUCCCAGUCCUGUAAAAGGUAUGAUAAGAAUUUGUGUGAGCAAAGCAAAGCAGAUAGCAUCUAUGUAGCUGAAUUUAUAGUGUGUGAUUUAAGUCUCCGUUGGGGGAGAUAGUCUGGAGAUGAACACACAUUUUAGAUCUUCUUUUUCAUAUUAGUUAUUUAUUAAUUAUAAUUUUUUCUAACGCAACAACAUGAAUUUCAGCAGUUCUAGAAAGAAAUAUAAAAUAGGGUUUAGUGGUAUUGUAACAAACUGCUUCACUUAAAGGUUGUAUUUAAUGAUAAUAACCCUUUUCAUUUUUUUCAUUUUUUUGGUUUUGGUUUUGGUUUUGGUUUUUGAAUAAUUAAUGUAGUCAAUUUCUUGGGCAUUUGCAAUAUAUUAAUUGUUAUGGUUUUGAGUUAACGUUCACAUAUAACCACAAUGAUUGAUGUUACUGCAGUAUUUGGUGCUUACGGUAUCCAUUCUUGCCUUGCUUAACUGCAGUGAUGACAUCUAUAUUACGCAAGAUUUAACAUCCUCUUAUUUCAACCUGACAUGAAGUAAACUUGAAGCUAAAUUCACUUAAUUGUUUUUCCUUUUUGUAAUUAUUCUUCUCUCUUUCUUUCUUUUUCUGCCAGUGUCUGAUAUCAAUUCAAUUCUUUACUGACACAUUUACAUAUACUUAUAUAUUACUCAAAUCGUAUUUGAAAAUUUAGAAAUAUAGCUUCUAGAAAGUGCUUUGAUAAUGAAAGAAAAAUACAGUCAUGAUGUAAAGGCAGAUAAAAAGGGGGAAAAUAGAGUAAGAAACAUAUUUUCAGGAAAGAAGAAAUGGAGAUAACUGGAAGAUAUGAUGGGAUUAGAAACAGGAUUUAGGUGUUGGUAGCUGUUACUAAAUUGUAGAAGUAUGGGAAUAUUCAUGAGAUUUUUGUACAGUUCAGAUAUUGACAUUAUAUGAUAAGAUUAUAUACUAUUAUAAUUUGAUCUCAACAUUAAGUUGUCUUGUAUAUCAAACAAGCCACCUUCCAUUUGAUUGGAUGUAAUGUUAUGUCCAUGCUUAUUGCAAUGGAAAAUUCUGUAUCUUAUGAUUAAAGGAGUGCCUGUCCAUGUGUAUAGUUGAAACAAACCGAUGUGUCCUAGUCCAGUGGUAUAACACGUGACCAUGGGUUCACGCCCCAGCACAGCACUAGCGUCCCAUUAGGAUUCAUUUCCUUAAAUUUUGUGAGCAUCAAAACCAUGAGUCCAGCUAAAUGUGAGAGCAUUUGAUAAGCUUGGACAUUAGGAGACAAGAUGCAGUAGUUUCCAUUUUUGGUUUUGGACCAACAAUGUAUAUGUUUCACAAAUGUGCUAUUACAAGAUCAAAACAAUGGCCUUUUUAAAAACUCACAUACAUAAUGAUCUUUUUACAUUUCAUAUUUUGCCGAUAGGGACCUUAAAAAAGCAACUGCCUACUUCAUUACACUCACAUUCAGAUGUAAAUAUUAUUCUAUAUUUUGUACCAGUGUUUUGCCUUUUAUAUGUCAUUUUUAUGUGGACUACUCUCAAGGUUCCUAAAGGGCCGUUCAGAUAUGACGCGGCUCAGCCACAGCGUUUUGUUUUUAUGAUGUAAAGUGUAAUACACUUCACAUUUCUCUAUCCUAUAACACAGAGGUCGGUGAAUACAUGUAAGUUCUAUGCUCCACGCAGUUGUCAUUCAUUUACACGUUUUAAAAAAAGGUGGUGGCUUUUUAGGCUAUAUCUGAACAAGCCUCAAGUCUAAAGAUAUGUUACAGAUAUAUUUAUGUGAUUCUUUGUUAGUCAAGAUAUAAACGAUUCAGGAAAAUCAGACAAUGUUUCUUAAUCCGUGGCUACAAAAAACCAAUAGAGUUAAUUUGUUGUUACAUAGACACCCAUGAUUGCAUGUUGUAGCAUACUGGUUAUCAUUGUAUUGAUUUAUUUGUUGUAGGUUCGGUGAGUGCAUGUACUUAACUCAUAGCCUGCCAUUAGGCUGCAUGCACGCUAUUGUUAUAGUGCUUUGUACACGCAAGCAAGCUAGUGCUUCUCUGCUUCUUGCAGAGGUAGUACUGUACAUUGUGUAUUACAAACUUUGAAAUCAAAUGGUUUCUUACUGUGGCUUGACAUACAAUAAAACAAUCCCUGAAGUUGGAAGAAAAA